AUGAGACGGCUCUUGCUCCCCGUAUUCGCUCGGCUAUGGACAUCUCCCUCUGGUCCCGUAUAUCUGUACAUAGCCCCACAUCGUGCGCUUCAAAUGCUGCCGCUGAAUCCUCCUGCUGCCGCGUCUGAGCCGUCCAUAUUCUGCUACCAUAGAAUGCAGAAGACUCCAGAGCCGCAUCACGGGGCUGUUCCGUAUGUGAGCCGCCCGUACAUUCCGUACUAA